AAAAAUGGAAAAAUAAAGGAUUCGAGCUUGCGGCCGAUCUUCUCUCCCCCCCAUUUCCUCAGCUUUCUCCUUCAUUCUCUCUCCGGGUUUUCGUCCUUGGUUUCUGAUUCUCUUUCAAUUUUGAGAUCUCAUCGCCCCCAGCAUUCAUCAUCACCCAUCACUGAACGGCCACAGAAGCUUGACUGAAAAAAGGGAGGCGGCAGGGGAAGAGAGGCAUAACAGGGAGAAGAAAGGGAGCUCAAAAUCAGCAAAACCAGAUGGCAUCUCCUGAAAAAGCUUGCACUCUCGAUAAUCUUGCAUUCAUGGAACUUGCAAUACAGCAGGCAAAACUUGCACUGGAAAGCCUUGAAGUGCCUGUUGGCUGCGUGUUCGUCGAGGAUGGAAAGGUCAUUGCCUCAGGAAGAAAUCGACCUAUUCAGACACGUAAUGCCACUAGACAUGCAGAGAUGGAAGCAAUUGAUGUUCUUCUGGAGAUGUGGCAGAGAGAUGGACUUUCAGCAGCAGAAGUUGCUGAAAAAUUUUCAAAAUGUGUCUUGUAUGUUACAUGCGAACCGUGCAUUAUGUGUGCAGCAGCCUUGUCAAUUAUAGGUAUAAAGGAAGUGUAUUAUGGCUGUUCAAAUGAUAAAUUUGGAGGAUGUGGAUCAAUUUUGUCCUUGCAUUCAAGUGACUCUGAGACACUCAUCAGUGGUAAUCCGCAAAAGAAGGGUUUCAAAUGUACUGGAGGAUUAAUGGCUUCUGAAGCAAUCUCUCUUUUGCGAAGUUUCUAUGAACAGGGUAACCCCAAUGGUAUGUAACCAUGUAGUAAAAUUUAAAGUUGAAUUUUGCUUACUUCCAACUAACAUGAGCUAUAGGUUAUUAGCUUCAGAACAUUGUUCUAUCAACAAUAUAUUAUGUUAUUGGAACAGAUCAUUCUAAUAACGUAUUAACUGCAAAUUCUAGUCUUGUUUGCUUGGGUUGGGAUGAGCUGUGUAGCAGGAGGAAAAGUUGAACUAUUUGUGUGACUUCUUCACAGGCAGACUCGUUUAACUUCCUGCUUUCUAUAUUCUGGUGUAUUUCAGCUCCGAAAUCCCACCGGCCUCUGGUUCAAAAGGCAGCAGAUUGAAAUGUGCAUAUAUUUGGUUUUGUUUGGAAGGCCUCUGGUUGUCAGACCGUGGUUUUGCCUUCAGCAUUGAUUUUUGUAUCUUCUUUAUUUAUUUUUAUUUUUAUUAAUUUGCAUUCUGGUAGGUAGCCUAGAAACUCAGGAUUAACAAUGUACGAAAAAAACUAAAAGAAUGAUGAUUGGAAGAAGUUCCAAUGUCUAUUUGUAUCAAGCACUGUGUAUUAUCAGGCUACAAUUACUGCAUUUUUAUGAUAAAUUCAGGUAUUUUCA